AUGAAACUUUCACUGGGCAUUUUUACACUGUUUGUGCUGCUGACAGUUUGCACUAAUGUGAAAGGUCAACAUAAUCCGCACUUCUGGCCUGGACAUAGUACCAUAGUGCACCUGUUCGAGUGGAAGUUCUCUGACAUUGCAGAUGAGUGCGAGCGGUUCCUGGCACCAAAUGGUUUCGGAGGCAUUCAGUUGUCACCGCUGAACGAAUAUGUGAUCGUUCAACUCGGAGAUAACCGACCGUGGUGGGAACGGUACCAGCCCAUGUCCUUUAAAAUCAUUUCGAGAUCGGGUGACGAACAGGACUUCCUGGAUAUGUCGCGUCGUUGCAACGCUGUCGGUGUACGCUUGUAUGUAGAUGUGGCAAUUAAUCACAUGGCAGCGCAUAGUCCAGCUGUCGGUAUUGGAGGAUCAACUGCCGUUCCUGGAAAUCGUGAUUUCCCUGCUGUGCCCUUCACUAUUGCGGACUUCAACCCAUCAUGCCCGAUCACUGAUUGGGGUAAUGCAAUACAGGUCAGAAAUUGUGAGCUACUUGGACUGCCGGAUUUGAAUCAGGGCAUACAGUCUGUACGCAAUAAAAUGGUGGCAUUUCUUGAUCAUCUCGUUGAUCUUGGUGUAGCCGGUUUUCGAAUCGAUGCUGCCAAGCACAUGUGGCCCGGCGAUUUGGAAAUUAUUUACGGAGCCAUCAAAGAUCUUAAUACGGAUUUCGGUUUCGCUCCAGGGUCACGUGCUUUUAUGAUGCAGGAAGUGAUUGAUCUUGGACCCCAUGAAGCUGUCCGGAAGUGGGAAUAUAACUUUUUAGGAACGGUAACAGAGUUUAUGUAUUCGUUCUAUGUUGGACGAGCUUUCCGCGGAAACGAUUUACUCCAUUGGUUGUCGGACUUGGGCGAAGCUUGGGGUCUUCUGCCUACCAACGAUGCCCUGGUGUUUGUUGAUAAUCACGAUAAUCAGCGAGGCCAUGGUUCCGGAGAUCAGGGAGGGAACAUUCUAACACAUGUAGACUUUCGGCAAUAUAAAAUGGCAACUGCAUUUGCCGCGGCGUACCCAUUUGGACAACUUCGCAUUAUGAGUUCCUUCUUUUUCACUGAUACGGAACAAGGACCUCCAGCGGACGCCAAUGGUAACAUAAUUUCUCCAUCAAUCAAUCCCGACGGUACUUGCGGAAAUGGAUGGGUCUGCGAGCACCGAUGGCGUCAAAUUUUCCAUAUGAUCAACUUCAGAAAUGUCUGCUGGGGAACUCCAUUCACCAACUGGUGGUCGAAUGGGGAAAAUAAGAUAGCAUUCUCACGGGGCAAUUGCGGCUUCAUAGCGUUCAACAAUCAGUUCCAGCAGGAUAUGCUGGAGGUUUUGCAGACUAAUCUUCCGGCGGGAGUGUAUUGUGAUGUAAUAUCUGGCGAAAAAGUCGGAAAUGCAUGUACGGGUAAAAGUAUCACUGUUCUCGCCGAUGGACGAGCUUCCAUCAGCAUACCGAGGGAUGCUUACGAUGGAGUAAUGGCUAUACACAUAGAGUCGCGUCUGUAG